GGGGCGGGCCCGUGGCCGGGCAUGGGGGCCGCCGGGCCGGGGUGGUGGCCCGCGGGCCUGUGGGUGACGCUGGCGCUGGCCUGGGGCGCGGCAGCCGCCGUGGGCGCGGAGGGCCCGGCCGAGCCGUGCGGGGCCGAUGGGUGGGCGCAGGACGCCGUCCCGCCGGGCGCGGCCUUCGUGGCCGCCGCGUCGUACCGCGGGCCCGGCAACAACGACACGCGGAGCAACAAGGCGCUGCCCAUCCUGCUGUGGUGGAGCGGGAGCCUCUUCCCGCACUUCCCCGGCGACACGGAGCGCAUCGACUGCCCCCGCGGCUCCUGCCUCGUCACCCGGAGCCGGCGGGUGGCCGGGCACCGCCGCACCAAGGCGCUCAUCUUCUACGGCACCGACUUCAGGGCGUACGAGGCGCCGCUGCCCCGCCUGCCCCACCAGACCUGGGCACUCUUCCACGAGGAGUCCCCCAUGAACAACUACGUGCUCUCGCACUCGCCCGGUAUCCGGCUCUUCAACUACACGGCCACCUUCCGCCGGGAGUCCGACUACCCGCUCACGCUGCAGUGGCUGCCCGGCACCGGGUACCUGCGGGCCCCGGCCGUGCCCCUGGCCGAGAAGGACGCGUGGCGGCGGAAGGGCUACGGCCCCGUGCUGUACAUGCAGUCCCACUGCGAUGUGCCCUCGGACAGGGACCGCUACGUGCGGGAGCUCAUGAAGUACAUCCAGGUUGACUCCUAUGGGAAAUGCCUGCAUAACCGUGAGCUCCCCAGUGAGCGACUGAGAGACACUUCUACAGCCACUACAGAAGAUUCUGAAUUUAUGACUUUUAUUGCCAGGUACAAGUUUCAUCUGGCCUUGGAGAAUGCCAUAUGUGACGACUACAUGACCGAGAAGCUGUGGCGUCCCAUGCACUUGGGUGCUGUCCCGGUGUACCGAGGCUCCCCGGCCGUGCGGGACUGGAUGCCAAACAACCUCUCCAUCAUUCUUAUCGAUGAUUUUGACAGCCCUCGAGAGCUGGCUAAGUAUCUUGAUUUCCUGGACAAAAAUGGAGAGGAAUAUUUGAAGUAUCUAGAGUAUAAAAAUGUUGGUGGAAUCAAAAACCAAUUCUUGUUAGAGAGCUUGGAGAAGCGGGAGUGGGGUGUGAAUGACAUGACUCUGCCCAAUUACCUCAAUGGCUUCGAGUGCUUCAUCUGUGACAAGGAGAACACCCGGGUCAAAGAGGAGCAGGAACACAAGAAGUCUCGUGGAAAAAUUCCAGCUCCCAGACCUCAUAUAGCUCAGUUCAAGCACAUGGGAUGUCCUAUGCCAACCCCUGGGUUUGGAAGUGUUGAAGACCUCUCUGAGGGAGACAGCUGGAAAGAAAUGUGGCUGCAGGAUUAUUGGCAGAGCCUUGAUCAGGGUGAGGCCCUCACUGCUAUGAUUCAUCACAAUGAGUCUCACCAGGGAAGAUUUUGGGACUACAUGCAUGAGAUUUUUCUCAAGAGGACAAGGCAACACUGACCCAUCUUUGUAAGAGCUUGAUUUGAAAAUUGAAAGUUGAGACUAUGAAUUCUUACCUCACUUCAAAUGUUUGCCUUGAAAAAAACAAAACCAAAAAGCCUUUCACAGAGACGAUUUUUUCUGGUGCAUGAAGUAAGUUUCUGUUAUGAUUGGAUUACAGCAGUGGAAAUGUUAGCAACUGCUUUGAUUUGAGUUUCAGCUCUGUGGUGUGAAGCCACUCCUGACUUGCAGGUGUCAACAUGUGGGGCAAAAGAGGAAUUUACUUUCCUUUUGCAUUUGCUAUACUUAUAUUGUGUCUUACAUGACUUCAGGCUCUUGCUCAAGUGCCCUAAGUUAUUUCAGGGACUUUUUAAGUCUUCAGAAUAUUAGUUGUUUUUUUAAAGUAUUUUAUCAAUCACAUAUUCUCUUCAUAAAGAUGUACUUUUAGCUGCUAUUAACAAAUGGCUUUUCCAGUGAAGGAAUUACAAAAGACACAUCUGUGAAGAGCAAUCGUGCCUUAUGAAAUUGCUGCAAUAAAGUCUUAUUCCCAAGUAAAAUGCCUCAAAUACUCCUCCUUUCCAAGGUAACUGAAUAACUAUGGGCAGAUCACUUAACUCUCUGCCUAAUUUUCCUCUUUUGAUGACUUAGCAGAUCAUAUGUACAAUGGGAUGGGAGAACUAUUUAAGUUGCAACUUUCAACAAAGUAUCUCACACCAGAAAGUGUAUUACCUGGUAUUGUGUAGAACAAAAUAAAAUUUUAUGCUUUAGUUCUUUUAAGUUUCUAUCACAUCUGAAAUCUGUGAUCUUGGCUUAUUGUUAUUGCCUUAAUGCUAGCAAUUCAGAAACCUUGGAUUUUUUCCUUUUGAGUAUAUGCAGCUUUCUGUAAAGACAAAUACAUUUUAACAACGGUGCCUUUCCAGUGGUCUCUGCAGUUUGGAUACAAGUCUUUGUAUGCUGAAAUGGGUGAUCAGAACCAGGAGCACUGCCGUGGUUUUGUAUCUCUACCAACCCUAACGCAUUGUGAUCCUGGUCUGUGACAGGAGUUCCAUGUGGAUAGAUCUUCCUUGCUGCAUAGCCUGUAUUGCUUACAGGUACAAAUAAACUCCACUGUUCCCUGCCAUAAUGGGUAUCUUUUUGAAAUAAUUAUCUUGCAGUGGAGGGAAACUAAUUAAUUCAGCAUCAGAGGUUUAAAAGCACAGGCAAAUAUGGCCACACUGCAGUGAUGUCUCUAAUGGUAUAAUGCUAUUUUCUUUCUCCUCCUUCAGAAGUUAACUACUGACUAAAGAGCCAGAGUUUCUGUGCUUAAGACAGAUUGUUGGUAAUGAAAGUCUACAGUCUGUUGUGUAAUUUGAUUUUGUAAGGCAGUUUGUGCAUUGCUAUGGGAAGUCUGAUGUCUGUCAGUAGAAGUUAGGAACAGCAGUGACUCUACAUUCUCUCCCUAAUUACAUCACUAUCUAUUGCUUAGUGCAUGAACACUUAGUAUAGAUCACUUAAUAUCUUCUUCUUUCCCCUCAAAUUCCCCUUCAUGAUGUUAUAGAUAUGGUAUUGCAGGUGUAAUACCAGUAUAGGUACUGAUCAUCUCAAUGUUUGCCUCUCAGGUGACAUAACAAUAUUGCCAUGUUAAAAUCAGGGCACCUUGACAGCAAAGACUUCAGACCCAUGACUAUCACUGGAUUUUUACAAAUGUAGAAAAUGCAUACGCUGUA